AGAAAAAAGCAGAUCACAUGAGAACUUGUGGGAGAACUGAGGAGGUGGCGACACGGAGCAAUGAUCCAUUUACCGCGUGGAGCACAGAGGAGAAAGAAAAGUUGUUGCUAUGUGUCAAAGAUCUUUCAGAUUCAAUUCCCUUUAUAUACUGCCUACAAACAUAACACUCAUGCCACUAUAGAGGAUAUUUCAGCUCAUGAAAGCAACUUAUUAGGGUCGUUUUGUGAUAUGAAUGAUGUGGAAGUACCUUUGCACUUGCUUCGUUAUGUCUGCCUCUUCUGUGGAAAAAAUGGCCUUUCACUCAUGAAAGAUUGUUUUGAAUAUGGAACCCCCGAAACCCUUCCCUUUCCAAUAGCGCAUGCUUUUAUUACGGUAGUAUCCAAUAUCAGGAUAUGGUUACACAUCCCUGCUGUUAUGCAGCAUGUUAUACCCUUUAGAACGUAUGUGAUAAGGUAUUUGUGUAAACUUUCAGACCAGGAAUUGCGACAAAGUGCUGCACGCAACAUGGCAGACUUGAUGUGGAGUACUGUCAAGGAGCCCUUAGAUACAGCACUUUGUUUUGACAAAGAAAGUUUGGAUCUUGCAUUCAAGUACUUCAUGUCACCAACCCUAACUAUGAGGUUGGCUGGGCUCAGUCAGAUAACGAAUCAACUUCACACAUUCAAUGAUGUUUGUAAUAAUGAAUCGUUGGUGUCAGACACUGAAACGUCAAUUGCAAAGGAGCUUGCAGACUGGCUUAUUCUUAACAAUGUUGUCGAACAUAUCUUUGGACCAAAUUUGCACAUUGAGAUUAUCAAACAGUGCCAAGUCAUCCUCAACUUUCUGGCUGCUGAAGGAAGACUUAGCACUCAGCAUAUAGACUGCAUUUGGGCAGCAGCACAGUUGAAGCACUGUAGUCGGUACAUCCACGAUUUGUUCCCAUCCCUUAUAAAGCACUUGGACCCUGUUCCGCUUCGUCACCUUCUUAAUCUGGUAUCUGCUCUUCAUCCAAGUGCGCACACAGAGCAGACCCUGUACUUGGCAUCAAUGCUUAUUAAAGCCCUCUGGAACAAUGCACUGGCUGCUAAGGCUCAAUUAUCCAAGCAAAGCUCUUUUGCUUCUCUUCUUAACACAAAUCUCCCUAUGGGAAACAAGAAAGGAUCUCCUGCAGCUAGUCCACAGAGCAGUGACAACAGUGACACCCAUCAGAGUGGAGGCAGUGACAUUGAAAUGGAUGAACAGAUAAUGAACAGAGCAAAGCGUGCACAGCAGCGGCUGUCAGAUACAGAGGAAUCCAUGCAGGGAAGCUCUGAUGAGACUGCCAAUAGCGGUGAAGAUGCCAGUAGUGGGCCUGGCAGUAGUAGUGGGCACAGUGACGGUUCAAGCAAUGAAGUAAAUUCUAGCCGCGCCAGUCAAUCUGCUGGAAGUCCAGGAAGUGAGGUCCAUUCUGAGGACAUGGCAGAUAGUGAAGCUCUCAAAGAGGAUGAAGACGACGAAGAUGAGGAAGGGGGACACAGCCCUCAGAAAGAGAGCCGAAAUAGUGAAUUACGAACUCGCAACACAGAGUCGCAAUCGGGUAUUUGUCUCUCGGAAUCACCAGGAGCAGCGGAACGAGACGGACCGAAUGGUGGAUCGGGCAAGGACCUCCAAUAUAGCACUGAGGCGGUCACAUCGGGAGAGAAUCGAAUCCGACUGCUAGAUGGUUGUUCACAUCCUGAAGACUCUGAACAUGACAUGUCAGGGGAAAUAAAUUCUGCACACAUAUCACAAGGUUCUCAGGAGUCGUGUAUUGCACGAACAGGAGACUUUUUAGGGGAGGCGAUCGGCAAUGAAAUAUUUAACUGCAGACGGUUCAUCGGUCAGCAUCACCAUCACCACCAUGAUGGACAUUUAGGCGACGAUAUGCUGAGUGCCGAUGAUGUCAGCUGUAGCAGUUCUCAGGUCAGUGCGAAGUCUGAAAAGAACAUGGCUGACUUUGAUGGCGAGGAGUCGGGCUGUGAGGAAGAACUGGUACAGAUCAGCUCUCACGCAGAGCUUACAUCUCACCUUCAGCAACAUCUUCCCAAUCUAGCUUCUAUCUACCACGAGCAUCUCAACCAAGCUCCUAAUGUUCAUAAGCACCAAUAUAACACCAAUGCAGUCACAGAUAUCAACUUAGACAAUGUUUGCAAGAAGGGUAAUACUCUUCUUUGGGACUUGGUACAGGAUGAAGAUGCGGUUCACCUUUCAGAGGGAUUGAUAAAUGAAGCUGAGAAGCUGCUGUGCUCUCUCGUGUGCUGGUUUACUGACCGGCAGAUUCGAAUGAGAUUCAUUGAAGGCUGUUUAGAAAAUCUAGCAAAUGAUAGGUCAGUGGUAGUUUCACUUCGUCUUCUUCCUAAACUCUUUGGCACUUUCCAGCAAUUUGGGAGCAGCUACGAUACACAUUGGAUAACUAUGUGGGCAGAAAAGGAAUUGAAUAUGAUGAAGCUUUUCUUUGAUAACCUGAUACAUUAUAUUCAGGCAGUUCGGGAACAAGUGCACAAACAUUUGUUGUACAGUCAUGGUGCAGAGGUACAAGUUCGCCUUCAAUUUUUGACGUGCGUUUUUUCAACUCUUGGGUCUCCAGACCAUUUUAGGCUAAGUCUUGAGCAGGUGGAUAUCUUAUGGCACUGCUUAGUAGAGGACCCAGAAUGCUAUGAUGAUGCUUUGCACUGGUUCCUGAAUCAAGUUCGCAGUAAAGACCAGCAUGCUAUGGGCAUGGAAACCUACAAGCAUCUUUUCUUAGAAAAGAUGCCUCAACUGAAGCCAGAAACCAUCAGCAUGACUGGUUUAAACCUGUUCCAACAUUUAUGCAAUUUAGCCCGACUUGCAACCAGUGCUUACGAUGGUGGCUCCAGCUCAGAGCUUUGUGGAAUGGAUCAACUCUGGGGUAUUGCUUUAAGAGCACAAACAGCAGAUGUUAGUCGAGCAGCUAUCCAGUACAUCAAUUCUUACUAUAUCAAUGGCCGGUUAUGCAGCCAAUCAAAAGGUAAAACAGGUUUGGAGAAGGAACAGGAAUUCAUCAGUAAAUGUAUGGAGAGUCUUAUGAUGGCAUCGGCAAAUCUUGAUAAAGAUCCUCAGUCCAGCCUCACCAUCAUUGAGAGAGGGCUUUUGAUGCUGAAAACACAUUUAGAAGCUUUUAGGAGGAGGUUUGCCUACCAUUUGCGGCAAUGGCAGAUAGAGGGUACAGGUAUCAGCAGUCACUUAAAAGCCCUCAGUGAUAAGCAGUCCUUACCAUUACGGAUCGUUUGCCAACCAGCUGGUUUGCCUGAUAAGAUGACCAUUGAAAUGUAUCCCAGUGACCAAGUUGCAGACUUAAGAGCUGAAGUUACUCACUGGUAUGAGAAUCUGCAGAAGGAACAGAUGAGUCAGCAAGCUCAGCUCCAAGAGUUUGGCCAAAGCAGUCGGCAAGGAGAUUUUCCUGGGGGCCUUAUGGGGCCUGUGCGUAUGAUUUCCUCAGGACAUGAACUUACUACAGAUUACGAUGAGAAAACACUCCAUGAACUUGGAUUUAAAGAUAUGCAGAUGGUGUUUGUAUCAUUGGGAGCUCCACGUAGAGAGCGCAAGGGAGAUGGCAUUCAGUUGCCUGCAUCGUGUCUGCCUCCUCCCCAAAAGGAAAAUAUUCCAAUGCUGCUACUCCUUCAAGAACCACACCUCACUACCUUGUUUGACUUGCUUGAGAUGCUGGCAUCCUUCAAACCACCUUCUGUGGAUCAUACCAUGGAAGAUACUGAGACUGCACGUUGUGAGGAAUUGCACCUUCAUGCAGAAAACCUGUCCAGACGUGUUUGGGAGCUGCUGAUGCUUCUUCCUACUUGCCCAAACAUGCUCCAGGCUUUUCAAAAUAUUUCUGAGGAGCAGGGUAACGAUGGACUUUGUUGGAAGGACUUGCUUAGAAUAAAAAGCCCUCACAAACUCCUGUAUGCUCUUGAAAUUAUUGAGGCCUUGGGGAAACCAAAUAGGAGAAUACGAAGAGCAUCUACGGGGAGCUACAGCGAUCUGUAUCCUGACUCUGAUGAUUCAAGUGAAGAUCAAAUAGAGAACAGCAAAAAUUCUUGGAGCUGCAAGUUUGUUGCUUCUGGGGGACUUCAGCAAUUACUGGAAAUCUUUCUCUCGGGAAUUCUGGAGCCCAAAGUGCAGGAAUCAUGGACUGUGUGGCAGCUGGACUGCCUGGCCUGUCUACUGAAGCUAAUGUGCCAGUUUGCAGUCGAUCCCGCAGACUUGGACCUGGCUUACCAUGAUAUCUUUGCCUGGUCUGGCGUAUCAGACAGUCAUAGAAAAAGGACUUGGCCCGGUAAAUCAAGAAAGGGAGCUGGAGAUCAUGGGAAAGGAUUGCACAUUCCCCGUCUGACUGAGGUGUUUCUCAGUCUGGUACAUGGGUCCAGUUUGAUUUACCGGUUAAUGUCUGUUGCGUACACCUAUGACAACUUGGCCCAUAGAGUGCUCAAAGCUCAAUCUGAUCACAGAUCAAGGCACGAGGGUGCUCAUUACGCCAUGUGGCUGUUAGUGAGCUGGGCUCACUGCUGUUCACUGGUGAAAUCCAGCUUGGCAGACAGUGAAAACCUACACGAUUGGCUGAAAAAACUAACUCUUCUAGUUCCAGAGACAUCAGUUCGACAUGAAGCUUGCAAUGGACUAUACAAGUUGUGUCUGUCCGGUCUGGAUGGUGGAGAAUCAAUAAAUCGAUCUUUUCUUUUGCUGGCUGCAUCAACGUUACUUAAGUUUCUUCCUGAUGCCCAGGCUUUGAAGCCUGUCCGGGAAGUGGAUUAUGAAGAAGAACCAGUGCUACGAGCAGGUUGCAAAGAAUAUUUUUGGUUGCUUUGCAAAUUGAUUGAUAACAUUCAUGUGAAAGAUGCCAGUCAGACAACAUUAUUGGAUUUGGAUGCCUUGGCAAGACACCUAGCUGACUGCAUUCGCAGCAGGGAGAUCCUUGAUCAACAGGAUAUUAACACAGAAGAUGAUGGACUUACAGGACUCCUCCGACUUUGUACUGUGGUCAUAAAACACAAACCUCCAUUUAAAUUCUCCAGAGAAGGACAGGAGUUCCUAAGGGAUGUGUUCAAUCUGCUAUUUUUGCUGCCGAGCCUGAAAGACAGACAACAACCAAAGUGCAAGUCACAUUCCUCCAGAGCAGCAGCCUAUGAUUUGCUUGUGGAAAUGGUGAAGGGCUCAGCAGAAAACUACAGGCUGCUGCACAACUGGGUGAUGGCACAGCACAUGCAGUCAUCUCAUGCCCCCUACAAGUGGGACUACUGGCCCCACGAUGAUGUUCGGGCUGAGUGUCGCUUUGUGGGUUUGACCAAUCUUGGAGCAACCUGUUACUUAGCUUCCACUAUUCAACAAUUGUAUAUGAUACCGGAGGCCAGACAAGCCAUUUUUACAGCCAAAUAUUCAGAGGACAUCAAACAUAAAACAACACUUCUUGAAUUGCAAAAGAUGUUCACAUAUCUUAUGGAAAGUGAGCGCAAAGCAUAUAACCCAAGGCCAUUCUGUAAAACCUACACCAUGGAUAAGCAGCCACUGAAUACUGGAGAACAGAAAGAUAUGACUGAAUUUUUCACAGAUUUGAUAACAAAAAUAGAAGAAAUGUCUCCCGACUUGAAGAACACAGUGAAAAGCUUAUUUGGAGGCAUUAUUACCAACAAUGUAGUGUCACUGGACUGCGAACAUGUCAGCCAGACUGCCGAGGAAUUCUAUACUGUUCGAUGUCAAGUCGCUGAUAUGAAAAAUAUUUAUGAGUCGCUUGAUGAAGUUACCAUCAAAGAUACUCUGGAGGGUGAUAACAUGUACACGUGUUCUCAGUGUGGGAAAAAAGUACGAGCUGAGAAAAGGGCUUGUUUCAAGAAACUACCCCGAAUCUUAAGUUUCAAUACCAUGCGAUACACUUUCAACAUGGUUACAAUGAUGAAGGAAAAAGUCAACACUCACUUCUCUUUUCCUUUGCGCCUCGAUAUGACUCCAUACACCGAAGACUAUCUUAUGGGCAAAAAUGACCGAAUAGAUGGUUUGAAAGAUGAUGGUGAAGAAAAACAAACCGAAAGUUUUGAGUAUGACUUGAUAGGAGUAACUGUUCACACGGGGACAGCAGAUGGAGGGCAUUACUAUAGUUUCAUCAGAGAUAUCGUUAAUCCACAUGCUUACAGAAACAACAAAUGGUUUCUGUUUAAUGAUGCUGAAGUCAAACCCUUUGAUUCUGCUCAACUUGCCUCUGAAUGCUUUGGUGGAGAAAUGACCACGAAGACAUAUGAUUCUGUCACAGACAAAUUCAUGGAUUUCUCCUUUGAAAAGACACACAGUGCCUACAUGCUGUUCUACAAACGUGUGGAAAUGGAGGAAGAAAAUGGGAAGGAGUAUAACUUUGAUGUUUCUCCAGAACUUUUGGAGUGGAUCUGGCAUGACAACAUGCAAUUUCUUCAGGACAAGAACAUCUUUGAGCAUACCUACUUUGGAUUUAUGUGGCAGUUGUGUAGCAGCAUCCCAAGCACAUUACCGGAUCCAAAAGCAGUAUCGCUAAUGACUGCGAAGCUGAGUACCUCUUUUGUCCUGGAAACAUUUAUCCAUUCCAAGGAAAAGCCCACCAUGUUGCAGUGGAUCGAGCUUUUAACAAAACAGUUCAACAACAGCCAGGCAGCAUGUGAGUGGUUUUUGGAUCGAAUGGCAGAUGAUGACUGGUGGCCAAUGCAAAUCCUCAUUAAGUGUCCAAAUCAGAUUGUAAGACAGAUGUUCCAGCGCUUAUGUAUUCACGUAAUUCAGAGGCUCCGACCAGUGCAUGCACAUCUCUACCUUCAGCCAGGAAUGGAAGACGGUUCUGAUGAUAUGGAUGGUCCCGUAGAAGAUAUAGGAAGUCGUUCAUGUGUAACACGGUUUGUGAAGACAUUACUGUCUAUUAUGGAGCAUGGAGUAAAGCCUCACAGCAAACAUCUCACAGAAUAUUUUGCAUUCUUGUUUGAGUUUGCAAAAAUGGGAGAGGAAGAGAGUCAGUUUCUUUUGUCACUACAAGCCAUAUCGACAAUGGUGCAUUUUUACAUGGGAACAAAAGGUCCAGAAAAUCAGUUUCCCCAGCCACAGGUCGAAGUAUUGUCUGAAGAAGAAGGUGAGGAGGAAGAGGAGGAGGAGGACAUCUUAUCUUUAACAGAGGAGAAGUACCGACCUGCAGCAUUAGAGAAGAUGAUUGCCUUGAUUGCACUUUUAGUAGAACAGUCUCGUUCUGAAAGGCAUCUUACAUUGUCACAGAAUGACAUGGCUGCCUUGACAGGAGGCAAGGGUUUUCCAUUUUUGUUCCAACAUAUCCGUGACGGUAUUAACAUCCGCCAGACCUGCAACUUGAUCUUCAGCCUCUGCCGUUAUAAUAACCGUCUUGCAGAACACAUUGUGUCCAUGCUGUUCACAUCCAUAGCAAAACUGACGCCAGAGGCUGCACAACCAUUCUUUAAGCUGCUGUCCAUGUUGAUGGAGUUUGCUGGUGGACCACCUGGAAUGCCACCAUUUGCCUCUUACAUUCUGCAGAGAAUAUGGGAGGUAAUCGAAUACAAUCCUUCACAAUGUUUGGACUGGUUGGCAAUGCAAACACCACGUAAUAAAUUAGCUCAUAGCUGGGUGCUUCAAAACAUGGAGAACUGGGUGGAGCGCUUUCUGCUGGCACACAACUAUCCUCGAGUCCGAACAUCUGCAGCCUACCUUUUGGUGUCUCUCAUUCCAAGUAAUUCCUUUCGUCAGAUGUUCCGAUCCACCCGGUCAUUGCACAAUCCCACCCGAGACUUGCCUCUUAGUCCAGACACUACUGUUGUCCUGCACCAGGUCUACAAUAUCCUCCUGGGCCUACUUUCAAGAGCCAAGCUGUAUGUCGACGCUGCUGUCCACGGCACCACUAAACUAGUUCCUUACUUUAGCUUCAUGACCUACUGUUUGGUCUCAAAGACUGAGAAGUUGAUGUUCUCUAGUUACUUCAUGGACCUCUGGAACCUCUUCCAGCCUAAGCUGUCUGAACCCGCUAUCGCAACAAACCACAAUAAGCAGGCACUGCUCAUCUUCUGGUACAACGUGUGCGUGGAUUGCCCGGAGAAUGUCCGCUUCAUUGUGCAGAAUCCGGUGGUGACAAAAAACAUUGCUUUUAAUUACAUAUUAGCUGAUCACGAUGAUCAAGAUGUUGUCCUUUUUAACCGGGGGAUGCUGCCUGCGUAUUAUGGGAUUUUACGUCUGUGCUGUGAACAGUCCCCUGCUUUUACCCGCCAGCUCGCAUCUCAUCAGAAUAUUCAGUGGGCUUUCAAAAAUCUUACACCUCAUGCUAGUCAGUACCCAGGGGCUGUUGAAGAACUGUUCAACCUUAUGCAGUUGUUUGUAGCUCAAAGGCCAGAUAUGAGGGAAGAGGAGUUGGAGGACAUAAAACAGUUCAAGAAAACCACCAUUAACUGCUACCUGCGCUGUCUGGACGGACGCUCCUGUUGGACUACACUUAUUAGUGCCUUCAGAAUCCUCCUGGAAACUGACGAAGACAGGUUGCUGGUUGUAUUCAAUCGAGGACUGAUUCUGAUGACUGAGUCUUUCAAUACAUUGCACAUGAUGUACCAUGAGGCCACAGCCUGCCAUGUGACUGGGGACUUGGUGGAACUCCUCUCUAUUUUCCUGUCUGUACUCAAGUCAACUCGCCCAUACCUGCAACGAAAAGAUGUGAAGCAAGCAUUGAUUCAGUGGCAGGAGAGAAUUGAAUUUGCUCACAAGCUUCUCACAUUACUGAACUCUUACAGCCCACCAGAGCUCCGAAAUGCCUGUAUAGAUGUUUUAAAGGAACUUGUACUUCUGAGCCCACAUGAUUUCCUUCACACUUUGGUGCCAUUCCUUCAACACAAUCAUUGCACUUACCACCAUAGUAAUAUACCAAUGUCUCUCGGGCCGUAUUUCCCUUGUCGUGAGAACAUCAAGUUAAUGGGUGGGAAGAAUAAUAUCCGUCCUCCUCGUCCAGAACUCAACAUGUGCCUCUUGCCCACAAUGGUAGAAACUUGCAAGGGAAAAGAUGAAGUUUAUGACCGUGUGCUGCUGGAUUAUUUCCUCUCUUACCAUCAAUUUAUCCAUCUCUUGUGUCGGGUCGCAGUGAACUGUGAAAAAUUUACAGAAACCCUUGUGAAAUUAAGUGUAUUGAUAGCAUAUGAAGGUUUGCCGCUUCAUCUAUCAUUGUUCCCUAAGCUCUGGACAGAGAUUUACCAGUCUCAGUCACCCAUGGCAAAGAAUUGUGUAAAGCUGCUGUGUGAUGAGCCGGUGUUUGCUGAGUACAUAAAGUGCAUUCUAAUGGAUGAGAGGAUCUGUCUGAACAACAGUGCAGUUUAUACUUUUCUUGCUUGCUUCCUUCCCAAGGUUCAGAGUCAAGUGCUUUCCAGUUCAAACUGUUCCAGUUUGAUCAAUAACUUAAUCACCAAUCUAAUAAAUGAGUACCACAACCUUGAGCCAGAACUUUUGGGACAACGUGUCGAAAUCUCUAAAGUCGGUGCUAUUCUAAACGGGGAUCUUCGAGCCCUUGCCUUGCUGCUUUCCAUACACACGCCCAAACAGCUGGACUCAGCACUGAUCCAGACUCUACAGGAUUUGCUGAACAAGUGCAGGACUUGCCAGAAACAGAGAAGUGCACUACAGGAACAAGAAGCAAAAGAACGGAAGACAAAAGACGAUGAAGGAGCCACUCCUGUUAAAAGAAGGCGCGUUAGCAGUGAUGAAGAACAUCCUCUUGACAACAGCACUGGGCAUAGCACACCCAGUGACAGUAGGACAGAGCCUAGAGAGGCGUUAACCCCUGCCAGUACCUCAGACACUGAGACCAGAGACUCAGCAGUCAUUGAUCCAGGCACCGAACAUGACCCACCGACACCUGACCCCAUUUCUGUGAAAGAAGAUAGAAUGGAAGUUUCUUCCUCAAAUGCACAUGACACACUAAUCGGCAAUAGGCCCCAGGACUCUGUAGAGCAGUUGCAGGGGGAGGAUGCAAUGGAGGAUUGCAAAGUGGUGAAGGAGCUACUGAGUGCUGAAAAGGAAACCAAUGAAGAUGAUUCUGACUCUCCCUCCACAUCGCCACCUAUUGCUACAGUUUUAUCUGACCUGACUGACCUUAGGAACUGCGAGGCUCCAACUCUGCCUUCUUUUGACCCCGAGACCAGUUUAUCCAACAGCUGUACCCAUUCCAGAGGACUCUUUAAUAUGCAGCAGCAGGAUCUUUUAGAUAAUUUGUGUAGGACCAUUGAAUCUACCAUUAGUGCAGUCACAAGAAUAUUGAGCAGAGGGAACCAACCUGCUUCUUGAUGAGACUACUAGCAUGUCUAGUUUUGUCUUUUUUAAAUACAGUUUGAGUUUUUGUUUAAUUUUGUUCUGCCUGUUCGAUCUGAUGCUUUGUGCUUCACUGUCAAGUGACAUUUUUCUGCUUGAAUGCCGUUAGUUGUUUGUAUGAAGAAGCAUCUCAGCCGUGGGAGAAAUCCAGUGUGUUAGGGUUAUGCGCUUGAAGAUGUGAUAAGUGGAAAACUAAACACAAAUUUAUAGAUAACUUAAAAACAAAGGCAUUUACAGCACAUUUCUCAAGGGCAAUCAUAUUAAUGAUCAGCUUUUACAUAGAAGUAAUUUGUUGUGGCUUUUCAUCCAGAUUUGAGGUGUAUCUUGGGGUGAAGGGUUACAGAGAUUUUUGUUCUCAUAUUGUAUGAUGUAAUUUAAAGAUAUUGCAUUUUUACUGUGUAUAAUAUCGUGUCUUUUGUUGCCAGUUUUUGUACUCUUAUUAAGAAGGCAGCUUUGCCUGAAAUCUCCGUGGUUCUAUUAUCCAAAUUAAGUUGUUUACUUGUAUACUAAACCAACCACGAUUAAUUUGAUUCUGUUAAGAAUCCUCUGUAGACAUGGACUGGCAUAAAUGAGGUGCUUUAUCUGACAGGUUUCCUGUGGCCGAAAUAAAGCACACUUGAAAUAAAACUAUGAACUUUA